AUGUCCUCCAGCGAGUCGGGCCGAUGCCCAGAUGGGAACAGGCCCUCACCUCGGGACCUCGGCGACCAUGGCCGGCCAGGGAAGGAAAUUCCAUGCAGCACCUGCAUGCUAAGCAAGGCUUUGGACAGAAGCAACCAGAAGAAAGAACAGGAAGGGCCCUGUCAACCUAAGCUUCCGGUGUUGAAGAGACGCAGCCUGGUCAACGUCGAGGGGGCAGCUGAGGCACGCCUUCCCGCUAGGACCGGCAGACGAGACGCGGGCUUCUCGAUUCGGGCCACGCUCCGCAAGGUGUCCAGAUCGAACCACACCCGGGAGGAGGCAAUCUACCCCCGGACAUCACUGGCACCGAAGACCUCUCCAUCAGUAGAGCGCCUGAACAAAACCGCCCGCCUCGCACCCCGCCCUUCCCAUGUCGUCCACACCGCGAGCGGACGUCUCCUCAUCAACCACAAAAGCGAUGGCGAGCUGGAGCGAAGCUACGCCCAGCUUGACCCCCAGAGCAGCAUAUCCCGCGCGAACCAAGCCGGCCACGCCGCAACCCCAUCCAGACACCGCCAACCGCCCUGCUACACGGACUCCCAGACAUGGGGCAGAACAUCCUGGAGCAAAACCGCCGCCCAGCCCGUCGUCAGCCCCGCGCCCGCGCACGCGCGCGAUAUCACCCGCUCAGGGCGCGUCUUUCCCGCCAAUCACAACCGCAGCCGCAGCCGCAGCGACGGCGUGAGCCAGAGCCAGAGCCAAAACAUGAGCAGCAGCAGCCAGAGCUGGGGCCGGCGCGCGGCGGCCGCGGCGCUGGAUAUCGGUCGGCGAUGGAGAGAGAGGGGGCGGAAGGCGAGUUCGGGGUCGCGCGGGGGCUACGAAACUGGUACUGCCAUUGAAGAAAACGGUACGAGUCGUGAAAGCGGUGGUGAUGGGGCUAGAGCGGGAACGGGCGGUCAGGGGCCGAGACAGUGGGCGACACAGGUGCAGGAGGGGCCGCCGGCAGAGGCGGGCCGUCGCGGGGAGUAG